GUGCCUAUCUAGACAAGUCAAAUAGAAAAACACAAAAAAGAAUUACGCAUUGUCUUUUUCUAAAAAUGAGUAAAAAUGAAUACAGAGAUGAAAUGAGAAAAUCAAACUACACUACAGGCCAAAAGUUUAUAAGCAAGCCCAUUACAGGCCGAACAGUUGGGAGUAACUUCAAGUUUUUGUUCACAAUGCUUUUUUUUUAAAAUCCAGCAUGAGUUUGAUGUAUUUUGGGAUGUAUUUACUCCAUGAUCAGAUGUUGCUUUCAUGGAAAUGCACCAUUUUACUCCAUUCACCUUUAGAUAUACAUAGAUGUUAACAGACCAUUGCUAAAUAUACUGUAUAUGAGGAAUCAGCGUUUUAGUCCUGCUAUCCAAUCACAUUAGGCUUUCUGGACACGUGACGCUUGUCAUCAAAGACUAUGUAGUUUAAAAUGUUAAACGUUAACGGUUUACGACACUCCGUUCAACUAUCCGUGACACAACACCCUGAAAUCAUGUCUAGGUAAAACCUUUCAACAUAAGCUCGUCAGUUUGGUUAACAUUUGUCUUUAUCGAUAACGCAGUUUGUUUUAUUAGUGAGUAUAGACGGACUAAAACGAAGGCGGAAGUCGUGUGGAGUGAUCUCUCUCGCUUCCCGUCAGUCCUCUCAGGUAUUUGCAGCCAUGGUCGUCCUAAAAGGGAUCCCCUCCAUCCUGUCUCCUGAACUCCUGUAUGCUCUCGCUAAAAUGGGUCACGGGGAUGAGCUGGGUAUGAUAUUUAACUUCACACAGAGAAAUGGACUUUGUUGUUGGCUAUGUUAGCAUUGCUAACCUUUAAUAGAGCGAGUCUGCUAACUGAAGUUGACUUUACAUCCAUGUAAACAAUGAAGGAGCAGAACAGGAUCAUCAACCUGUAGGGUGGGGUGGGGUAAAAUGAGCCAUUUUUCAUAUUUCGGAUCACUACAUCAAGUCAGUCCUAGUUUUGUCUCUAAUUAGUGUAUCUGCAGAUAUUUCAGGAUGUUGUUCAUCCCUGCAAACCAACAGAACGAGUGUAAACAGAACUGUUUUGAUAAUAUAGCAUGCCAAAAAAAAGUGGUCACCUAUGGUCAACUUACCCCAUCUAUGGUGAUGACAGACUAAAUUCACUUUCAGGAGUGAAAAAUAUAUAUAUUUUUUGUGUAAAUAAAUGUCUAACCCCUUCACCCAUGUACUUCUAACCUUCACAGACUCCAUUUACUGAUGUCCAUCUCCUAAAUAUUUGGUCACAUGAUCAAUUUCUUUCUCCCCUACCUGUCUGCACACGGAGGAACUAAAGAAACCUAACAUGCUCUUAUUCUUCCCUUUCAGUUCUUGCUGAUGCAAACUUUCCAGCAUCUUCUAUUUGUUCCUGUGGUCCUAAAGAGAUAAGAGCUGAUGGUACAUGAACACAUUUCACUGAAACUCUUUGUAAUGUUUUUAUUGCAGACACUUUCAGAUGUAUCUGAUCUCAUUGUGUAGGGUUGGGUAUCCCUCAACUUUUAGAAGCUAUUUUGAAGCUGUUGCCCCUGGAUACAUAUGCUCCCUAUCCGGUACAGAUCAUGUUUAGUAUUUUAUAAGGUAAUUUGUUAAAAGUCUUUUUUUUGUUUGUUUGAUUUUUAAAAUCUGUGUUGAUGUUUUAACAGGCUGCAGUCAUGCGUGUGGUGGACAGUGACGUAAGGAGGGGUUUAGAUGUCCCUGUGUGGGGUAUCUACUCACAUAAGCUACAGGAAGCUGGAUGUCAGGUAAAACAACACUUGCACUCCAUAUUUAAAGGGUUACAUGAAUAAAACAAAACAAAAAAUUGCUUUUAUUUUAAUUUGGAUACUUUGUGUGUUGAUAUUUGUGUCAAUAGCCUGCAUGUCUUGAGACAGUGGAGAGGUUUGCUUUCUAUGAACGAGCCAAGAAAGCCUACGCUGUUGUGGCUACAGGGUCUGUAUUUUAUCUGCUCUCUUUCUUGAAUGUUGUAUUCUGGGUCUGUGUCACUUCCUAAAAGAUUUCUUCUUUUAGAGAUCAGCAAACAUCCUUAGAUUGCAAGACUGAAAAAAGAAUACUCAUUCCUGUCGUCAUCUGUGUUAAAUUAGCCUUGUGUUCAAACUGAUUUGCUGUUUAACUUGAGUCACUUUACGAACUUGUGUAAAAGUCUUAAAUGCAAGUUUGGUGAUUCAGAGGUCUGGAUUCAGGCUGGUUUGACACAUUUUUGAUAAUGAAAACACACAUUUUUCAAACAUAUCCUUGAAGAAACUGAAAUAAAUUGACAUAUUUCUCUUUUUCUGAAUUCUCUGUGCUCUGUCUUCUCAGGGAAACAGCGCUGUAUGGGAACCUGAUACUGAAGAAGGGGGUCAUCCCUCCAGAGCUGCUGGAGUGAUACAGACACUAAGACUCAUCCCUUAAAGUGCUGAAGUUGCAAUAUAUGUAAAAAAACACAAUUUAAUUAUUUCUGUGAAAAUGGAACCAUUUUUAUUAUUAUUUUCGUGAGAAACGUCGUUUUGUAAGCAUCCUAAACCUUCCAUAUACAUUUUAAUAAAUAAAUUAAACACAUGGAUCAAUGAUGAGUGUGUUUAAGUAUCUUUAUCAUCAAGAUACAUCUGAGUGACACUUGAAUGACUCGUGCAGUUGCAGCUCCUGGAUUUUUCUAGAUCUGCACAGGUGGAAUUGUUGAAGGAUCACUUGUGGUAAAAGUCAUCCAGGUCUUCCUCUGGCUCGCUGUAUUUCCCCUGAAAUGGCAGAUCAACCAGAGCUGCAGCUUGAGCAUCAUCUUGGAGAGGAACUGGCUGGAGAAUAUCUUGGUGGUACAGGUCGUCCAGGUCCUCCUCUGGUUCUAAGUACAAAGCAGGCAUCUCCACAUCGGCUUGGUCUUUGGCCAUGAGAGGGGCCAGAUAUACUGCCAGCUCCUCUCUAGCUUUGUGGUAGAUUGCAUCCAUGUCCGGUUCAGGCUCUUCUGGAGCCACCUCAUCGGUAUCCUCCUCUGCUUUCACCAGCUGCACAGGGACGUCUUCAGCGGGGAGGACGUCUGUGUUCUGGAUUUGAACUUUGAGAAGAUCAACCACUGAAGGGUGGUAAAGCUCGUCCAGGUCUACCUCUGCCUCCAUGUACUGUUGGUUUCCCCCACCGCCCACCAUACUCUUCCAGAUCUUCAUACUCGGGUCCACGUCAUAGUGAGUCUCAUCCAGGUCCUCUGGAGGCUCUACUUCCACUCCCCAGGACAUUUUUCCAUCCUUAUCUACAGACCUGAAUAAAAAAAUAAGAGAGAGAGCAAUCUGAGUCUGAGUUCCCUCUAGACAAAGUUAUUCAGGUUUAUUUCAGUAAAAGGAAAUGACAACUUACAUAACAGUGUCCCGGAAUUCUUCAAAUUUAUUCUGAGGAAAGAGCAGAGAUAGAUGUGAUGUUACUGCUGUAAAAAAGCAAGUUGGUGUGACAUAAAAGUACAAAAUGUGAUUAGAGGUAUUUCUUUGUGUCAGCUCUAUACAUUUUAUAUUUAUACAUCCACAUAUAAUGCGCAUUGCACUUCAAAAUCCUUAACCCCCGAUAUUUGAUCAUUUUUAAGAAAGCUGUCAAAGGAUUAUUUUUGUAUCAUAAAAGUUGAAUUCAUCAGCUGACAACUUGUUUUGGAAGUUGAUUAAAUGAAAUUAAAUCUACUGUCUGAUCCUGA